AUGAAAAUCUUGUUGUAUUUCAUACCAUUUAUUUUAUGGUGCUAUUUUAGUGAAUGUGAACAACCAAAUUUCCCGCCUCAAAUUGUAUUUUCUCCUGGCAAUGGUCAAACAAUAAUUGCAAUCGAUGAAAUAAAUCAACGAGCUUAUCAAUCAAUCCCUGUUUAUCCUUCAAAAACACAAGCAUCGUUUGCUAUGAAAAAUUUUCCAUAUUCAGUUCCUGAUUCUCUUCAAUCAAAAUACUAUGUUGAAUUAGUAAUAGAUCCUCUAAUGAAUACAUAUGCAUAUGAAACAUACUUGAAAUAUGGUGGAAAUAAUUUUAAUGUAUUUCCAUCACAUUGGUUAUUAAAUGGAAGUUCAUUGGAAAUAAAAAAUAAUGUUAAUUUUACUUAUCAAGUGAUUCUUCUUUAG